CCUAUUUUUCAUAUAUGAAAAAUGAUCUGGGCGCGCAAGGCAUCCCGGUUGAAAAUGGGCCUUUAAGUGAACAAAGGUUUAUGAAUGGUGCUCUUUUGGGGCUUCUAACUCUCCUUCUAAUUGCGAAAUUAAAGAUGCUUUUAUUGCAGCUUCAGGGAGUCUGAGCAAGUGCCGCUGAAAAUGUCUUUUCAUUGCUAAAGCCAGGCGAACGAAAACCAGUUUGGGGAACUAAGCAAGGUGUGAAAACAAAAGCGUGUUUCUCGGCACAGAGGAAAAUCAUUAUUUUUCGGCAUUUGCAAGGCAGGAACGACAUCUACGGAUCUAUAACAUUGUUCUGAUUCGGCCGCUUUGAAGGAAUUGAAGGACAGAUACGCUAAGGUGGCAAGAAACGUUACGUAUCGCCACAGCUGAGCAUUCGAAUAUGACAGAAGAACUACUCAGUCCAGGCACUUAUUACGCCCUAGCCUUUGUUUACAUCGUGUUGGCCAUUGCUGCAACCUUCUUCAAUUCCGUGGUCCUCUUGACGUUUAUCAUGGACCGUUCCCUCGUUUUGCCAGCCAACGUUCUCAUCAUGAGCAUAGCCACCUCUGAUUGGCUGAUGGGAGUUAUGAUAAAUCCCCUGGGAGCAGCCGCAAAUGCGUCAGAGUCUGCGUGGUUCACUGACAGUACCUGCACAUUUUAUGCUUUCGUGUCCACUUUCUUAGGCCUUGGAACCAUGUUGCAUCAUGCCGCGUAUGCACUGGAUCGAUAUUUCGUACUCUCUCGGCCACUGGAAUCACAACACAGCAUGGGUCGCAUGGUAACAGUGGUUCUGUCAAUAUGGGGUUUUGCCCUAAUGUGGAGUCUUUUUCCUUUGUUUGGCUGGUCUGCGUACGUCCCUGAGGCCGGAAGAAUAGCUUGCUCCUUACGAUGGCAAUCGGCGCAACAAGGCGAUACGUUUUUCGUCAUCUGCCUUUUUGCCUUUUUCUACAUCAUUCCACUUUCAGUUAUCGUGAUCUCCUACACCCUCAUGUUCGUCAACGUUCGCUACAUGACGAAAAACGCACGAAAAAUCUGGGGAAAUAACGCAGCUGCUACCUUGGAAACCAUCAAAGCAGCGUGGAAAAUGGCCAAGAUUGGCUUGCUGAUGUUCAUUGGAUUCUUCGUCGCAUGGACUCCGUACGCAGCUGUUUCUUUUUACGCAGCCUUCCUUUCGACCGACUUUUCGCUCAUCACUGCUGCUUUCCCAGCCAUGUUUGCCAAGACAUCUAACAUCUAUAACCCAAUAAUUUAUUUUUUCGCAUACAAAACAUUUCGCGAAAGCCUGUUAAAACUAUGGCGGCGAUACAGGAACAGGAAUACCGUGAUGCCCCUCAUUCAGUCAAGUAAUGUAGCCUUUGUCGUAAGCUCCGCCACUAGGACAAGACACCACCGUGAUUCCACCACGAUUGAGGAGAUCACUUUGUAAAAACCUGAAAAGAAUACGACGAUAAAUCGUAGUUUCAUGACGCUCUCCAUGACAAUGUAGUGUCAUGUUAACCAUUUCAAUGAGUCAAAGACUUCAUCCUUCACAAAGAAAAAAAGUAUUGCUGCCGAGUAAACGACAGUCUCUUGUAAGAUUCUGUCAAACCCUUUCAAUGAGUCAAAGACUUCAUCCUUCACAAAGAAAAAAAGUAUUGCUGCCGAGUACACGACAGUCUCUUGUAAGAUUCUGUCAAAACACAUCACCUGUUUCUAUUUAUCAGUGCAAACCAAACUGAAAAUUGGAACGGAGUUUCUCUCAGGCACAGCUUCCAAAAAUGGUUUGACAAUUUUUGGAAGUAUCUUGUUAAGGUGAUUAUAGCGAUGGAUGUGUUCUGACUGGUCAAUCACCGUAAUAUAUCUUUCUUUAUUACCCACCGCAAGGUGAUUGUAGUACUGAAGCCUUUUCUUUCAAAAACAACAGCAAACAAACAAGCAAAGGAAAAAUGGCCACCAAACGAUUUCUUGAUCUUCCUCAAAAUAAAGCAUCAUUAAGUAAUGACGCAAGAUGCAGUUGGUGCGUUACUCAUCCCGGAAACUACACGAAUCCAUUAGUUCCUCUUUGAUGGUGGUAAAUGUUGUGUUUGGGAUUAUUCGACAAUAUCUACUUUGCCUUUGUUGAAUAAGUUCGUGGUCGUUGCUAGCGAGCAGACACAAUAAUAUCAGGGAGAUAACUAAUUGAAAAAUAACACAGAUUAAAACUGUAGGAUCAUAUUUCGCCUCAGAAUUAAUUUUUAUCUUAGUCCCAUGCUCGUGACAAGACAAAAAACAUCCUUCUACCUUGCUAGAGACUUUUUGAUAUCGCAAGUCGUGGAUUAAUAUGAUCAGCCUAGUACACAACGGUUUGCGAAUGAAUUGCUUUGACACAGGGUCUACGUAGCAAGUUCUCGAGGAGAAGGCGGGGUGGUUUACUAAGGGCCAAAGGGUGAUCCAAGAUCCCCGACACCCCCUCCUCCUCCGUCUUAAAAGACAAAAAUGUAUGGAAAAACAGCAAACAGAAUUGUUAAAAAAAUGGCAACAUUUUAGUGCUAUUUUCAUUUAGCGAAAUUGAUAUACCGAAGUACUUAAAUUAACUGUCGCUGUAAUGAAAUUUCUCUUGUCAGCAAUACUGAGUUGCACCGUUAAAUACAAGAAAAAUCUAACGAUUGUUGCUUAAUUUAGAUAUUGCCCGAUGCAACUUUGGAAAAGGGAUUUCGUUUCUGCUUUUUUUUUUUUUUCAUUUGUACAUGUUAUGCUAAUGUACAACUAACCUAACUGAGACAACUGUCUUCUAUUUUUCCCCAAAGGACAAC